ACAAUUCAACACAAUCUCUCUCUUUUUCUUUCUCUUUCUCUCUCUCAAAGAAAAUUACUAAAAUUUUCUUGGAGUAAUUUUUAUUUUUCCGUCAAUACGAUAAUAAUAAAAACAAUAAUAAUAAAGUGAUAUUAAAAAGUGACAAUAAACAAAAAUUAAUACUCUUAUUUAAUUUUCAAAAAACAUUAUAAUAUUAUUAAAUAAAAAAAAAGCAAAUCUUGUUGAUUGUUAAACUAAAAUAAAUAUCAGCUGUUUUAUCAUAAUAUAUGUACUCAGCCGACAGCCUCACUUGAGUUUUUUUUUUACUCCAAAAUUUAAGUGACGUAUUUGUUUUAAUCAGAAAAUUUUUUCUACCUUUGUAAUAAUUUUUCAAGUGAUAACAAUAAUUCGUCGAAUAUAAUUUGCAUUGCAUUAAAUGUGACACAGUUGUUCUAAAUAAAUAUUAAUUGAUUUAUCAAGAGUUUCUAUGAACUACCAUUUUAUAAUGCUCCAAAAAAUAAGUAAAUAAAUAACUUGAAAUAUAUUUUGUCAUCUUGAACCUGUGUUACAUCAUUAAUGGUGUCAUAGUGUUGAAAAUCGUUGGGUUGUAAUGCCCAUGUUAACCAAGGGAAAUGCGCCAUAUCAGGCUUAAUAAAAAUUUUAAUAAUAAAAUUAAUACAAGUAUAAUAACUUGUAAAAAAAAUAAAUCAUAUUAUAAAUUAUUAAAUAAAGAAACAAUAUCUGAAAAUGUCUGCGGUCGAGGCACCACAUUUUAUUCGUACCAUAGAAUGGGACAUGAUGGACAAAAAAAAAUUUUUUCCUCUAAGUAUGCUGUCAUCAUUUUCCGUUCGUUGUUGUUUGUAUCCACUGACUGUCAUCAAAACAAGACUUCAAAUACAGCGAAAAAAUCACAUGUACAAUGGUGUAAUAGAUGCAUACAAAAAAAUAUAUCAAAUGGAAGGUUUUUCUGGUCUUUAUCGAGGAUUUUGGAUAAGCAGUGUACAAAUUGUAUCGGGUGUUCUUUAUGUAUCAAUGUACGAGGGUGUAAGACAUGUACUGAGUCAAGAUCCAUUUACAUCAGAACUAGAUUCAAGAAUAAAAGCACUAAUUGGAGGUGGUUGUGCAAGCACAGUUGCACAAACAAUUGUUGUACCAUUUGAUAUACUUAGUCAACACUUAAUGGUUCUUGGUGUCACAUCAAAACAUGGAAAAUUAUCAUUUGAUAAGAUGGGAAUGAAUCCACUUGGAAUAAAUUUAACACCAGGUGUAUCACGUGCCUAUUUAUCAGCAGAAGUAGUAAGAUUGAUUUAUCAACGUGAUGGUGUAAAAGGAUUUUAUCGAGGAUAUGUUGCAUCACUUUGUGCUUAUGUUCCUAAUAGUGCACUUUGGUGGGGAUUGUAUACAUUUUAUCAAGAUGAAUUAAUUCGUGUUAUGCCUAGUUGGGUAUCACAUUUAUUUAUACAAGCAGUGGCUGGUACACUUGGUGGUUUUACAACAACUGUUAUAACAAAUCCAUUGGAUAUUGUACGAGCUAGAUUACAAGUGCAACGAUUAGACAGUAUGUGUCAGGCAUUCAAAAUAUUAUGGGUUGAAGAAGGCCUAAGAAUGUUUGCUAAAGGUUUAUCAGCAAGACUUGUACAAUCAGCAUGUUUUAGUUUUUCAAUUAUACUUGGAUAUGAAACUAUCAAACGUUGGAGCAUUAAUGAUGAAUAUAAAAAAUAUAUUCGUUGGUAAAUUUUAACAUUCAUUUAGAUAUUAUAUGAUUGUUUAAAUUUAAUUAAUAAAAAAAAUUUUUUAACAAUAUCCAAAGACAGCAGUGAAUAAAUUAAACAGCAGUCAUUCCUUUUUAAGUAAUAGCUAAUUGAUGAAUUUAUAUUUGUGUUUAAAAAAAAAAAAUUACAAUCGAGUAGCAUCAAUAAUAAAAAUAAUAAUUUAUUUAAAUUAUUUUAGCAAUUUUGUCAUUUGACAUAUGAAAUUUUUAUCUUUUUAAUAGAAUAUUUAUUAUCAAAAUAUUCUAUUAAAUUUAAUUUUCAGUUGCAUGCAUCCGUCAUUUGUUUUUGUUUAUUAAUUAUUGUUGUAUUAAAUUUAAUAAAAUAUGUAUAUCUUACAAAUCGAGAAAAUAAAAAACAAAGUUUUUUAUUCAAUUUAAAUCGAGUUAUGAUAAAA